UUUCAACUUCCUAGCAUACUAUAUGAGGUCAUUAUAUGCAGACCACUAGCAAUGUUUGCAUAUGUACCUCUGGAUCUCAUACUUGGAGGAGGACAGGCCCGUUUUGAUAGAUGGCAGCUCCCCCAAGAGCUGAUGAAUCCUUAUCUUCAGUCAUCAGGAUGGGUCUCAUUCUUGAAUAGUUUGUCAAGGUACAUAAUUCAUGAACUUUUAGUCUGUGUGUGUCGGGAGGGGCAUGAGGCACUAGGUGUUACUUGGGAUGGUGCCUUUUCAUUAUCAGAUAUUUGGCUUUGCAAUGGUGGGGUAAUGAUCAAUCCCAAAGUGCCGUGUCGAAACUAUGAUGAAGAUGGUGGUCGGGCUGAUUAUCAAUCUCUUCAUUAUAUCAUCUCCACAUCUUUUUAUGACUUUUAUUCUAAGAGAUACCCACUAUACCUUGAUUCCUUGCUCUAUGAGUUAGAAACAUGUCCCGCUGCAAGAAGACAACAGCAUAGCUUUGUUACUUUUCUCGUAAACCAUCCAUCACUGAUCUCUUUUACCGAUCGAGUGGGUAUUUAUGCUUCCACCAGCACAAUGAUCCGUCAACUCCCUCGUUACCACCGUCAAAUCCUCUACACCUUGCUGAACAUUCAAGAAUAUGAUUCUUGGGGGUUAGCAGUUGAAUUCAUUCCUGAUCUGAACAGCACCUAUAAGUUUGCGAAUGUUCCUCGCUAUGGAAUAACUUUGGACUCAUGCCUACAAUUCGGGAGAAACUAUCUUAGCCAUUUUGGAACGCGAUCAUUGAAGAAUGCUGAAGCUGCCCUUGCACUUCAUCUUGAGUUUCUGUUACCAGUCGUUCUGAAGAUUAUGGUCCUUGAUUUCCAGGGACCACCUGAUUGGGACCUCCUGAGUGUGUUGGACAACACGAACGCUGACAGGAUCAAUGUGUUCUUCGGAUGACCUUCCAAUCACAUCACUGUUCUUUUGGAUCCAUAAAUUUGUCGCUGUCUUUCUUAUCCUACUGGACUGGUUUCCAUGGUAGUCUGAAUGGCAGUUUCUUUUAGUUCACAAGCUUGUUGUUUGCUGGUCGGUGUUGUCUGUAAGAUGGUAACCCUAGAGCUAGAGGUGUGACCUACUCUCUGUUUGCCAUGGAAGUUGGAACUUGAGCGCAACCGAAGGGGGAUGAACAUGUGAAACUGAAACACUGCAAUUACUGGCUAUGUUACUCUAUGGGUUCGGUUCAGCUUCUUGUGGUAUUUGGAUAAUGAUCCAGACUUAUUUACUGAACCUUGUAAUUCAUCAGAAUGGAGCAUCUGCACUGUUAAUAAUU